GUAAUGUGGUCUUUAGAUAUUAUCGGGCACCUCUCUUAUGUCUACAUGGGCUUGUGGGUUAUGGCGUGUGGGACUGCGAAGCCGUUGGCCCGAUGACGUCGAUCGUCGUUACACUGCGGCAUGGCGCUUCCUCCCCUGCUGUUUUCCCCUCGAUACUGUUGUGGCCGUGCUAUGGUUCUUGCCACAAAUAUUGGUCAUUGGGCCCCGCCGCAGUAUGGCUCGUCGAGGAAGGGCUCGUAGCAUGUGUACAUUGUCGUUUGCAUGUAAGGCACUACUUCUCCAUUGUGGUUGUUACAACUUCAGUCCGACACAGCACCGUGACACAUUUCCAUGUGCGUUCUGAGGUAAGCGUGUGAUGUGCGUUCAUGGUUCCCAUGCAUUGAUACAUCUCUGAAGACCCUUUGCAAACGUGACACCUUGUUUGCUUGCAACGGAAGGAGCACCCGACCCUAUAGCAUAUUGUCCCCCUUGGUAAUAAAUAUACAUUUCAAAACACAGGCCAGCCAGGCUGAGCAUGCCUUUUCGUACAAUAUCACGCGCAUGCGCAAGGCUGCCUAGGGCUGCCCAUGCCCCAGAUUUACGUCAGUCGACUUGCAACGGAUUUCCCUUUCCUUCACCACAACCCUUCUGAUCUGGCCUGGACAUGGGCCAACCAGGCUCUCCAUCCAACGCCAACGACACAACUGAACCCGGCAUCAUAGGCUAGCCACGCACGCUUGGCAUUUGGGUCCGACAGACACCGUGGAGACUACCGUAAGAGUCGCAGUGCUACCGACUUCACAACCAACAAGCUACAUACUUUGUAAAGUCAUCCCUCAUCCUACAAGCAUUACAUGGCCGAAGUGGAGGUCAUCUGCCCCGGCUUUGGUCGGACAGGCACACUCAGCCUGUACACGGCCCUUAACAAGUUAGGCUAUAAGACCCAUCACAUGAUUGAGGUCAUUGACAACCCGACCCAAGUGGCCGCCUGGCUCAAAGCCGCUCGAGACCGAACCGCGGGUCGGCCCAUCGACUGGCACUCCCUCCUUGGCUCUGGCGGCUACAACGCCACCGUAGACUGGCCCUCAGCUGCCUUCUUCAAGGAACUCAUGGUAGCCUACCCGCGAGCCAAAGUCUUACUUGCCAUACGAGAUUUCGAC